GAGGCGAGCCCCUCCUGCUCCCUGUCGGAGUCAAAAUGGCGACGGGGGGAACCUGGAGUGGUCCCGGAGCCUAAGCCACUGACAGGAGAGGGGAGGGCGGCGGCGGCGGCUGGAGGAGAAUGGCCGCGGGGGCUGGCGCCAGUGCGGACGGCGGCGCUGGGGGCGGCGGCGGCGGAGGCGACGGCAGCGGUCCCAGCAGCAGUCGCGGCGGGAGGAGCCUCCGAGAAAUGGAUGAAAAGAGGCUACUGGAUCCAGGGUUGAAGGUUCGUAAAGGCCUCUGGGCUUACCCUCUGAAGAACCAGCAGAUGGAAUGCCGGAGUGACUGAAGAAAAUGGGUGCUAAUGCAUCUAACUAUCCUCAUUCAUGUUCCCCAAGGGUAGGGGGAAACUCACAGGCCCAGCAGACUUUCAUAGGAACAUCUUCCUAUUCUCAACAAGGCUAUGGUUGUGAGUCAAAGUUGUAUAGCCUUGACCAUGGCCAUGAGAAACCACAAGACAAAAAAAAGAGAACCUCUGGCCUUGCCACUCUCAAAAAGAAGUUUAUUAAACGCCGAAAAUCUAAUAGAUCGGCUGAUCACGCCAAGCAGAUGCGAGAACUCCUCUCUGGGUGGGAUGUUAGAGAUGUCAAUGCACUAGUGGAAGAAUAUGAGGGAACUUCAGCCUUAAAGGAGCUUUCUCUGCAAGCCAGUUUGGCUAGACCAGAAGCUCGGACACUGCAGAAGGACAUGGCUGACCUUUAUGAGUAUAAGUACUGUACUGACGUGGAUUUAAUAUUUCAAGAGACUUGUUUUCCCGUUCAUCGUGCCAUUUUGGCAGCAAGGUGUCCAUUUUUUAAAACCCUGCUUUCUUCUUCACCUGAGUAUGGGGCAGAGAUAAUAAUGGACAUCAGUACGGCUGGUAUUGAUAUGCCCAUGUUUUCUGCCUUGUUACACUACCUUUAUACAGGAGAGUUUGGAAUGGAGGACUCAAGAUUUCAGAAUGUCGAUAUCCUUGUUCAGCUUAGUGAAGAAUUCGGAACACCAAAUUCCCUUGAUGUAGAUAUGCGUGGACUCUUUGAUUACAUGUGUUAUUAUGAUGUUGUCCUUAGUUUUUCUUCAGACUCUGAACUAGUUGAAGCUUUUGGUGGAAAUCAGAACUGUUUAGAUGAAGAGCUCAAAGCCCACAAGGCUAUUAUUUCUGCACGGUCCCCAUUUUUCCGCAAUUUAUUACAAAGGAGAAUACGGACUGGUGAAGAAAUCACAGACCGAACUUUGAGAACUCCCACAAGAAUUAUAUUAGAUGAGUCCAUUAUACCAAAAAAAUAUGCAAAAGUGAUAUUACACUGUAUGUAUACCGACGUGGUGGACCUCUCUGUUUUGCACUGUAGCCCCUCUGUGGGGAGUCUCAGUGAAGUUCAGGCUCUCGUCGCAGGGAAGCCAAACAUGACCAGGGCAGAAGAAGCCAUGGAACUUUACCACAUAGCACUAUUCUUGGAAUUUAACAUGCUUGCACAAGGCUGUGAGGAUAUCAUUGCUGAGAGCAUCUCAUUAGAUACCUUAAUUGCCAUCCUCAAGUGGAGCUCGCAUCCAUACGGCUCUAAGUGGGUGCACCGCCAAGCUUUGCAUUUCCUUUGUGAGGAGUUAUCCCAGGUCAUGACUUCGGAUGUUUUUUAUGAACUGAGCAAAGACCAUCUGCUUACUGCUAUCCAGUCUGACUACCUACAGGCAAGCGAACAAGAUAUCCUUAAAUAUCUGAUUAAAUGGGGUGAACAUCAGUUGAUGAAGAGAAUAGCAGACAGAGAGCCAAACUUACUGAGUGGCACUGCACAUAGUGUGAACAAAAGAGGUGUGAAGAGAAGAGACCUGGACAUAGAAGAACUUAGAGAGAUCCUUUCUGCUCUCUUGCCUUUUGUGCGGAUUGAACACAUCCUACCUCUGAACAGUGAGGUCUUGAGUGAUGCAAUGAAAAGAGGCUUGAUCAGCACGCCGCCAUCAGACAUGCUUCCUACAGCAGAGGGCGGGAAAUCAAACGCCUGGCUUCGGCAGAAGAACGCUGGCAUAUAUGUUCGUCCUCGGCUGUUUUCUCCCUAUGUGGAAGAAGCGAAGUCGGUGCUGGAUGAGAUGAUGGUGGAGCAGACAGACCUGGUGCGACUGCGAAUGGUGCGCAUGUCCAACGUCCCAGACACACUCUACAUGGUCAGCAAUGCCAUGCCCCAGUGCUGCCACAUGAUCAGCCACCAGCAGAUCAGCAGUAACCAGUCGAGCCCUCCAUCAGUUGUAGCCAAUGAGAUCCCAGUUCCUCGUCUCCUCAUUAUGAAGGAUAUGGUGAGGCGCCUGCAGGAACUGCGGCACACAGAGCAGGUGCAGAGAGCCUAUGCCCUGAACUGUGGGGAAGGUGCCACCGUCAGCUAUGAAAUCCAGAUCCGAGUGCUCAGAGAGUUUGGUCUUGCCGACGCCGCUGCAGAGCUCCUACAGAAUCCUCACAAGUUCUUUCCCGAUGAACGGUUUGGGGAUGAAAGUCCGCUCUUGACAAUGAGGCAGCCUGGGAGAUGUCGUGUCAACAGUACCCCUACUGCAGAAACCAUGUUUACAGACCUGGACUCUUUUGUGGCCUUCCAUCCACCUUUACCCCCUCCGCCCCCUCCAUACCACCCUCCAGCUACGCCAAUCCAUAACCAGCUCAAGGCAGGCUGGAAACAAAGGCCUCCCAGUCACCACCCUUCCCGUUCAUUUUCUUACCCCUGUAAUCAUUCACUGUUUCACUCCAGAACAGCUCCUAAACCUGGCCCUCCCCCAGUCUAUUUGCCAGGUGUUAAAGUAGCNCCUCCCGACUGUACCAACACCACAGGCCUGGGGAGACAGACGGUUGCUGCUGCUGCUGCAGCUGCUGCCGCCUCAGCAGCAAUAAUAUCUGAGAAGCAAGUGUGUCCACAGCCUGUGCUGAAUGACCUGAUGCCAGAUAUCGCCAUGGGGGUGUCUACACUGUCACUCAAGGACAGGAGGCUCCCAGAGCUCGCUGCAGACACAGAAUUAUGCCAGACAGUUUCUGAAGCAGGAACGGGACCUCCCCAGCAUCUGUCAUGUAUUCCACAGAGACAUACACACACGUCUCGGAAAAAACCCACACUAGAGCAGAAAGCAGACGGUAGAGAAAAUCCGCAGGAUUACCCAGAUCUCUAUGACUUCUCGAAUGCUGCUUGCAGACCUUCCACUCCUGCUCCUGGCAGACGCUCCCCUUCCCCUGCUCAUGGUAGAUACUUUGAUCCAGACUUGUACAGCCACAAUAAGGCAUCACCAAAUGGCUUAAAGUCAGCUUACCUACCUGGUCAGACCUCUCCUAAAAAGCAGGAAGAUACUAGGAGAGAAUAUCCACUUUCUCCUGAUGGGCAUCUACACAAGCAGAAGAGUGAGCCAAUACGUCUGGACGUUGUUGAGCAGCCUCCCCAGAGGUCAGACUUUCCUUCCNCAGCCUCAGAAAAUGCUAGUAAUGGUCCAGCCCAUGUCAGGGCACGGACUGCAGUAGAAACUGACUUGACUUUUGGACUGACACCUAACAGAACUCCUUCCCAUUCUGCGUGUAGCUCUGAAGUUCUCGAAGAGCGAUCCAGUAGACGACUGACAGACAGCGAGUCCCUGGGCCAUGGAGCUCAGAGAAAUGCAGAUCUGGAAAGGAGUGAUUCCAUUAGCAGAGGAUGGAGGUCGCCAAGCAAGCCAGACUUCCUCUACAAAAAGUCUGCCCUCUGA